CGUCACGUCAACGCUUCGGUACUUCACUCUCCGUCGUCGCUGCUGGUGUGGCGUGUGCGUUUUUUUCAAUUUUAGCUCCGCGCAAGCAAAAGGCAAUUUUCAGCAAGGUUUUUCUUUCGGCCUUUCGUGCAGAAAAAGCGUCGCGUUCUCGGUUUGGUUUUGCGGGUUGAUUCCAGCAGGUUCGUGGUAGUUUCACUUCCGGUUUCGAGAGAGACAGGCUCCCAGCGCGCCCCUCCAAGAUGGUCAACAACGACAAGAAGGAUGCCGUCGUCGAGGACGAAAACACGAUCGCGGACAACACGGUCGUGCAAAAGUACAAAGUGGCCGGAAAUAUCGUCAACAAGGCUCUCCAAACGCUGAUCCAGGGCAGCAAAGUGGGCGCCUCGGCCAAGGCCCUCUGCCAGAAGGGUGACCACAUCCUGGAACAGGAAACGGGAAAGAAAUACAAAAAUGAACCCGAAAUGAAGAAGGGCAUCGCCUUCCCGACGUGUCUCUCGGUCAACAACUGCAUCUGCCACUUUUCGCCCUCGAAGAACGACCCGGACUACACGCUGAAGGCCGGCGAUGUCGUCAAGAUUGAUCUCGGCGCCCACAUCGACGGCUUCAUCGCGGUGGCCGCGCACACGAUCGUGGUGGGCGCGACCGGCGAGGCCAAGGCGACCGGCCGGGCCGCCGACGUCGUCCUCGCGGCGUACCACGCCAGCCAGGCCGCGCUCCGGCAGCUCAAGGACGGCACCAGCAACUACGCCGUGACGGAGGCCGUCCAGAAGAUCGCCGCCGAGUACAAGUGCAAACCGAUCGAGGGCAUGCUGAGCCACCAGCUGAAGCAGUUCAAGAUCGACGGCGAGAAGACCAUCAUCCAGAACCCGACGAUCGCCCAGAAGAAGGAGCACGAGAAGUGCACGUUCGAAAAGUACGAGGUGUACGCGAUGGACGUGCUCGUCAGCACCGGCGAGGGCCUCGGCAAGGAGCUGGACACGAAGGUUUCGAUCUACAAGAAGACGGAGGAGAACUAUCUGCUCAAGCUGAAGGCGUCCCGUGCGUUCUACGCCGAGGUGAAAAAAAAGUACGGCACGAUGCCGUUCAACCUGCGCAACUUCGAGGAGGAGGCCAAGGCCAAGAUGGGGGUGCACGAGUGCGUCACGCACAAGCUGGUUGAGCCGUUCCAAGUAUUAUACGAGAAGCAUAACGAGAUCGUGGCCCAGUUCAAGAACACCGUGCUGAUCCUGCCCAACGGGUUGACCGUCGUGACCGGUUUGCCGUUCGAUCUUAGUGUCGUGGAGAGCGAGCACAGCGUCCAGGACGAGGAGAUGAAGAAGCUGCUGGCGGAGGAGCUGGUGCUGGCGGACGCGAAGAAAUCCGUCGUGGCCAACCUGGUGGCCAAGGCGGCGGCAGACAAACCUGCUGCCUCCACGCCCGCCGAAGCCGGCUCGGACGCGGCCCCCAAGAAGAAAAACAAGAAGAAGAAGAAGGCUGCGGCGGCGGCCGCCGCGGCUGCUGAGGGUGGCGACGCUGUCGCCAACAAGGAGAACGCCUAAAAACCCGGGUUCUGUGUGUUUGUGUCGAUUUCCAUCGAACUUGGUAGAUUUUUCGGGAGAUUGUUGAGGAGUUUCGGCCCCCUCCCCCCCAGUGUGUCAGUACUUGGCCGCAGAGCGGCGCCGCGAGUUGUUGAAGGUUUCGUUUGUUUUUUUUUCUUAUUAUUAUUAUUUUCUGUGUGAAAUUGAGCAAUUUCUCCUGAAGCAGUAGGUUACACGACAGUUAGGCGAGCGUAAGGAUGUGAUUGAUGAGAGCAAGAGUGCGGCAAGUACUGAAGAAAUUUAAAGUUCCCUCCCAGUUGAAAGUAAACCCGUACUAGAAAUUUUGCGGUACUUUGCAACAAAAGUACUCGCGCACCCCCCUGAAAACACACCCACAAACAUGAUUAAGAUGAAAAAAUAGAAGCAGAAAAUGUUUAGCCCUUCCCCCCCUCCGUCAGUAGUGAUGCAAGUUUUGAUGCAUGUUGUUACGAUUGCAGAUAAAAAGAACAACACCCACAAACACAUGCGAAAUGCCAAGUACCUUUAAACAUAACAAAACAAAAACACGCAAGUAACGAUCGGUUGAAAGAGUAGUAAUCAUUCAUUCACACACAUUGUAUAAUAAAGCAAGCAAGCAAGAGAAA